AUGGAAGGAUACUCAUAUAAUGAUGUAGCAUCAAAGCGCAAUACAACACUUAGAAAAUCACAAAAAAAGGGAAACUUUCUUCUUCCCGAAGCUGAACAAACACGUAAACUUAUUAAUGAAAUUCUAAAAAAUUUGAGGAAAAGGAAGAAACCUCCGUCAGCCUUUCAAGACCUGGAGCUGUAUGAAUUUGGCGAGAAUGUAAAAGUAAACAAACAGCACAACAGCAGCUUUAACAAUGAUGUUACAUGUGAAUUAGUCAAUCAGUUGAAAGACGUUCUAGCAUUUUGUUCAGAACAUGAUAUAAAGUUUGGUAAUAGAUUAUUACCAAUUAAUACUCCACCAGAGUCACCCUAUUCAUCAAGAGCUCAUUCACCAAACCGUUCCCGCUCACCUUCGCCAACAAGAUUCGGAGGGAAGGCCUCCGCUGUGCUGGAUCGCAUACUGGAUAUUUUAUCGGACAUCAUUUAUAACGAUUGCCGCUAUAAAAAUCUGUCACCCCGACCAUCUCGACCUCCUUACACACUGCAAUUAGAGGUGAUCGACGUCGCUAUCCUACUGAUUGAUCAGAACCCAUAUUCUUCAAAAUGGCUAUACGAACUUGGGACGACGAUGAUGGCUGGGUUUGUCUAUUUCUCGGAAGGAAUGCUGUCCAAGUUGUUGACAUUUUACGGCAAUUCACUUAUCCCACAACUUAUGGCUUGUAAAGCUCAGACGUCGAGAUCUACCAUAAUGGAUAAUAAAGUGAUUGAUGAUUUUGGGCCACCGCGCGCGCGAAAGGUCAAAAUAGCUGAUGAUAAAGAUGUUAAUCUCAGUAACAUACAGAUCAUAAUUGAUCCAGCAGACACUAAAACUCCCAUUAUUAACGUUCAAUCAUCCGAUAAAACAAGCUUUGAUGACAAUCACGGGGCUAUAUUGUCUGAGACAAGAGCUCCAUCUUUUACCAGUCAACGAUCAUCUCCAUAUAUAUAUGCCUCUUAUUCGGGGGAGUCUGGCAUGGAUGAACACUACAUCGAUUCACUCUUCACGCCGCUUUUGUACUCAAUGCUGCAAAAUAUAAGUGUAGAGAAUUCAUCGCUAGAGACGAUUUAUCGUAUGCAUCAGACAUUAGGAAUAAUGAUCGAACACAAGCCAGACCUUUACUAUGAUAUCAUUGAGAUUAUUGCCCAGGGUGACGAAAGUUGCAGACAGCAAGCCAUUAAUGUACUGUUCUUUUUCUGGAACAAUAGCACUGGACAUCCAGCCGUGGGAGAGCCACUUCCGCAAAUAAGUUACGCAGACGAUUUGGCCGCUAAAUUAGAUAUUGAACCAACAGAUCCUUCCAAAAUGGUGAAGAAUGAUGAUGCUUUGCACAGAUUCUUAUCGCAUAUAUUUCCAAAAGAAAAUGAAACCAUGAAUACCAGUAAACGCAAAUCAUUCACUGUUCCAAGAAGAACAUCAUUAGUCGAAACUCAUGGACAAUUUAUGCCAACAGAAAAUCCAAAUUGUUGUGUACAAUGUUUCAAACCAGUGUAUGAUUUUGGUCUUAAAUGUGGGGGCUGCCACGUUAAUGUUCAUUUUAUAUGCUAUAAUAUGACAGAUGGUGGAAUUCUUGAAGAGUAUCUUUUACAGUCAGGAAUACACAAACUGUCAACACCACGAUUUUGUGAUAUUGUAGCGUCUCCGCGCAAGCAAAAUUUUCGCAAUCAGCCCGAAAACAUGCAGACUGCAAGAACUGUAUGCGGACAUCAGCUUGUUUUGGUCAACUUAUUCACUUUGGUUUUAUGCAUGGUAUGCCAUAAACCAUUAUGGGGAGUAAUGUACCAAGGAUACCGAUGUAAAUCUUGCAAUAGAUUUAUUCAUAUCCAGUGUAUACAGUCUGCUGGUAAGGCUGUAUCAUUAUGUCAACCAUCUGCAAUGAGUGAGGCUGAUGCAGUAAUAGAACACGAGGAGCUGAGAUAUAGUUUCCUUUCUUAUUAUGAAAAUAUUCUUGUUCCUCUUGACGUUAUCCCAUCUUACAGUGUCGAGGAAAUUUCUGUCAUGUUAUCUAUAUUAACCAUGCAGGAGAAUAUUUUAAGGAAUGGUAUACUGGCAGGUUGCUUGUUUGUGAGAGGGAACUUUGCGAAUCCACUUUCACCAAGAACAGAACAGUUUGAACAGUUUGAACUCCAAGAAACUAUUAAACGAUAUGAAUCUUAUCUUGAAAAAACGAAACCUCCUCUCUCACCAUUGUCACAAGAGUUUUGGGAUGUUUUUGGCAUAUAUCCUAGUCAGAUACUCUCGGCUGAAGACUAUAUUGGACAUUUAGCGGCUUUGAUGAAGCAUAAUAUUACCACAGAUAUACAAGAUGAUAAUAGUAACCGGUUAAGUGUGAAUAUGCUUGCACCUACGUAUCCUGAACAAGUAGUUAAUAAUAGUCUAUCCGGUGUGAUUUGGCCCGGAGAAAUGGUCAAAUGGUUGAGGAAUAACUUAUCAUUUAAAGGAACAUAUACAGUGGAGGUCUUUAUUCAGCAAAUGGCUAAUUUCGGGUUUAUAGAGAGGAUUGAUGGACUCCCAGUCAUUUUCUUUGACAACGAUUCAGCAGCUGAAGCAGAGUGUAUUUUUCCUUUACCUUUUGCAAUUGAAUGCUCCCCCCAUGUUGAAUCAUUGAUUUCUGCUAUAUCAGUAUGCCUUUCUGAUAUUAGCAUAUCGAUUAAUGAAUGUGGCAUGCUUCUAUUGACAAAAAGAUGUUGGCCUGAUCCAUUUUUAUCAAAGUAUACAUUGGAACGACUCAUCGCGGCAAUCAUUGUUUGGAUUUGUCAGGAAGAUGAGAAGUUACUCAUUAUUGCCGAAGAGUCCUUAGAGUUUCGAAGGGGUGUUCGGGAUGAGAUGGACGAUGACCAAUCUCCACACCAGCGCCGUACAUCAAAUCAUGUAAACGCUGGCGGCGGUGUAUACGUAAAAUCUAGAAAAAUGCUGAAAGAGAAGUAUAUCCUUGGUUGGAUGAAUAUUGUUCAUGAUAUGAACCCUAGAUUGUUCUGUGAUUUGGUUUACAAUCAGCUGUUGAGUGUGGAAGAGUCACAUCCUGGUAUUGUACAGGAUAUCAGCACAAAGGGCGGGAUAAUGGAUAAGCAAGAAAGAGUUAUGAAAUUAAUCAUAAAGCUUGGUAACACUGGCGUUCUUUUCUCAUCACUGGAUUAUAUUAUGAACCAAUGGUUUACUCAAGUUCAUCAAGUGUUCAAGAAUCUGCCACCUGAAAACGUUUUUGUAGACCUGAAAGCAUUACAAAAAGUUUUUUCGACUAGAGCGGGCACACGUAGGGAGAGUGGAAGCGAGAGAGCAUCACAGCUAUUGACUUCCGACACAAUAACAACAGAUUUUUCCGAACCGUUCCAAUUGCUUACACAAUUAUUUGUAGAGCAAGAUGUAUCUUCCCUCAAGUCGGCCUUAACUUGGAUGGAAGUACUUAUUCGUGGAGGUGUUGGUCUUCCUGAAUCGAUAUUCUCGGACUUUUUCCCCUACCUGGCUAAUACGAAACCUCCACUUGGCCAGUAUGCACUUUACUUAAAGCUAAUGUGGUAUCAAGUAUUGCGCGGAUACGGAGCACUCAUUAAUCGUGGCAAGAUAGUACAAUUGGUGACGGCCACGAAUAACGCAGCUGUUGAAAGUAUCAGCAAGAUUCAGAAUGAUGGAGAAGGCAAAGACAUUCAAGUUGCAAGGCAGUUUAUCAAGACUACCUUGGUUUUGACACUGUACGCAUAUGCUUGUCCUUUAGAUUUUAUUUCGGAAUUGAAUAUUGUAACGACAAUAGUUCCAUCCGCGAACAAUACAAGCGUACAAAAGAGGCUAUCAACGUUACCCGAUCCAACACCUGGAGCCAACCUUACCGAAGAUACACCUUUAGUACAACGCUUGUUCCGAUAUGCAACUUUUGAUAAGCUCGGCUUAUGUAAUGAUGUUGUUAAAACAUUUUGGGGAUUAUUUAAUCGGGCUGGUUUAGUUUAUAAUAAAGAUGACUUUAUGCUUAGUUGUGUAUCAACACUAUUACCAAGUGUAUGGGAAACUUUAACACCAUGCCAUGAUGUAUUGUCAGAGUACAAUAUGAAAAUGCUAAUGAAACUGGUCUGGUUGGAUACACGCCGUUUCGUUAGCUUUGUUAGUAAUCUUUUUGAACAUACUAAUUGGGAAGUAAGAUAUAAGGCUCUUGAUAAUCUUUACGGUCUCUUCUCAAAAUUGGAUGAGAAACUUGAUGUGCAAUAUGCUGGUCUUUUUGUUUCGUUAGGCCCUGUUUUUAGUUACUUUGUUGCUUGUUUAUGGGAUCAAGAGGAAUAUGUGAGAACAAAAGCGAGUACGUACAUAAGAUCAAUGCAACCGACGCACAUACGCUUGGCAUUAAAAUGUUGGCAAGGAUAUUUUGAAUCUGCAAAUGAUAGGGAACGAAUGAUUCUAACCAAGUUUAUGGUUAGAUUUAAUGGGAAGUUUCCAGCAUGGCAAGUGAUUGAAUGGGACAUAUUAUUAAAAGUGCUUGGGGAAAGUGACGGCAUCGAAGCUGUAUCGACGGAAGAUAUUCUGGAAAGUUACAUGAGGCCAGAUAGUAUUCUAGUAAUUGGAUUAAAGCGGAUUCAAGAUGAAGACAUAACUGACGCACAGAAGAUUGCAGAAAGUGAUAACCUAAAGGUUAUCUUGCUCAAUUUAGCUUUACAAAUGCUUGGAAAUGGUAUUGAAAUAUCUCUAGAAUGUCUUAUGAGACUUAAACAAGUAGUUGCGACAUGUCUUGGAUUCACUGAAGUACAACAAGAUUUUGCCAAUGGAGAUAUUUAUAUGUUGCACAGUGAAUUUGAGUAUGUUCCCGAUAACUUCCCACAAAACACGCGGAUGCUAUCAAUACUGAGCAAUCUUAAGAAAGUCAUGGAUACACCAAUUUAUCUUCAUAAAGAAAACGAACUAACUGACGAGAGUCGAACUGCAACCGAAACUGAUGAACUAUUAGUCGGUGGAUACUUUGUAGAUAUUAUUUUGAGAAUAUUUGGUUCGUCUGUUGAUCUGGCAAGUCUUAAUCACAUAAUGCUUAAAAUUUUCCUCGAGUUGCUGCUUAUAAUUGUCUACAAGCAUAAAAUUGAAGAUAAGGGAAGUAAGCACUUGGAAGAGUUAUUAGUCAGUGCAAUGAAAAGAACGUCAGAACUGUUAACAAGGGAUAUAAGCCAGGAGAAUAAGCAGCUAAUCAUAGAGCUGUGUGCUUGUCUAUUAAAAAGAGCUCCAAUGUUGACUGUAACUAUCUUAGGUAAACAGAUUAUAACUUUGGGAAAGCUUAUGACUAUGCUGAGGAAUGAUCCUCAGAAUGAAAUCCUGCAGAGUGCCAAGUCAUUCUUGAAAACCGCCUUCCUCAGAUUCUCUAGGAAUGGCUUGUUUGUCUUGAUUUUGAAAAAUCAGGCAGUAGCUGACAGUAUCAAUACGGAACUUGAUAUGUUUUGGGUCCUCCGUAUUGUUAUUGGUAAUGAAAUUAUACAUUCGGAAGAUGAAAGCAAUGGACCCAUUUAUUUGAAAGAACAGCCUAUUAGAGACGUUAUGAAUCAAUUAUUCAAGCUAACUAACCGCAGAGUCUUUUCUACGAUUUUGUUCAACAUGAACAAAUACGUCGAGUCUGUUUAUAGUAAACCCUACAGCGAACAACUGUUGAAUGAUCUAGGGACGUUCUUUACUAAAUUGUCAAAACAUACCGGUGAUUGGAAACGUUCAGACUGGGAUGCAAACCCUGUCUUGAACAUUGCUGCAAUCGUAUUAAGGAAUAACCCCGCCAGUGCGAAGAGUUUAGUGCUUCAUGUGAGAACUUUGUUACGGCAUGCGAUUCAUAAGUGUACAAUCACUGUUGAAGUUAUGGUGAAGCUUUUGUCCGCUUAUAACUUGGCUGCGGAAGAAACGAACUUGGAUGUUGUUAAUCCAUUUGGCGAGAUACUGAUAGAAGAACUGAAAUAUGCACUUAGAACUGGAAAGUACCGCAUGCACGUAAAUACGUUUAUGAUUUUACUUCAGCUUGUACUAUGGGACCUGCAACCAUCCAGUUAUCCACGUUUUCGAUCGUUAGAGUUUAAGGCUGCAAAUCCUGUCAAUGGAUCAGACGACACCCAAAGAAGGCCAUAUUUUGUGAACGUAGCUGACAGCAUCUUUGACGACUGUAUAAACUUUUUGGAGAAUCCACUAGUUACCAAACAAUACUCAAAGAGAGAGUUCAAUAUUGGAAUUUGUACAAGUCAAUUAAUUGUAGCUAUGUGCAAUAAGAAAUAUGAUCUUUUGAAAAAGAUAUUCUUAUGGCAAAAGUCAGUAGACGCCCGAAGAACAAGACUUCUCAAUUGGAUUCUCUUGGCUAUGCUAAAGCUAGACAAUAGCGGUCUAAUUACUACAAUAUUUGACUUUCAAGAUAACAUUUCCGAGCUCUUAUCUAAUGCAUUGCAAUCGCCAUUUAAUGAGAUUCUUAACCCAGAUCAAAGCUACAUCGACACUCCUUCUGGGGAACAAGCAUAUCAAGCUUUCAUUCUUAUUAAGAUUUGGACAAUACUCUGCGCUCAAGCUUCGCAGCGCACCGAUGAAAGCAAAAGUAUUGCUGCCCCCAGGUUACAUCGACGACUUGCAACCUCUUUGGCAAUGGCAGAGAGACGAUUCUGGAAUACUAUAUGGCCUGUAAUGAAGAGUCAGCUGACAUCCAGUGUUAUGGAUAAGGAUGUUGAGCCAAAGGGCAUAGCAUAUUGGGAAAUGUUUCUGGAUCUUAUAGCCUUUCUUCAUUUGAGUGGUUCUGACAUUAUCCUACUUUAUUCCCAAGAGUGGUGUACUCUAUUGGAUGAUCUCACUUCAGCGCAGCGGGAUGACAAUUCGAACGUAUUCAAGAAUAAGAUAAGAAAGGCACGGAGCAUGUUUGAUGAUCCGCCUUUAGAAGCAAAUGAAAGCGAAUUAAUUAAGCGGUUAUUUGCAGAAAUGAGUGAUGCAAUGAAAUUGUCCAGCGAAGUACACGCAAACCAAGUAUUGAGAUUCUUUGGUCCGUACUCAUGA